AGAGGAGCACACGGGGGCACCAGUUGUAGCUGGGUUGUAUCUUCCGGCAUACAAGCGUCAGGUCGCCAUCCCCAAGGCGUGUCAUUGGCAGCAUUCCUGCCUUUGUUACCUCAGGCUGCCUGGGGGGUUCUGGCCAUGCCUCAACCGUGGGAAACAGGUAAAGCUGGGGGGGCAGCCGCCUUGUCUCGAGUGAUUUCCAGACACCAGCCUGACGCGCUGCCUCGGCCCCUGGCCCCCGCAGCUGCGAGUGACGCCGAGCACCUGGAUCUGGUUCCUGGUGCGGAGCAGAAAAUAUGCCCAGUUUUUCCCCUCCAAAGGCUCCGCCUCCUGCCACAGUGGCCCCUUGUGCAGUCUGUGAGCCAUGACCUCAUCCAGGACCCAUAUCUGACCCCUCGCCUGAGGGGAGGAGAAAUGGGGAUGCCUCGAAAAUCAGAAGUAGUAUUUUUACCUACAUGUAUUCACUCUACACCCAUCUUUGGAGCACCUGCUACAUACCAAGUCCUGAUCUGGUAUUGGGGUUUUGAAGAUGAAACCCGAUUUACCUAUGAGGUCCUUGGCAGGGGCCACACAAUCAUGGUAAGAAAAAAAAAAUGAUUGAACUUGCAUUUGCCAUGUGUAUAAUGUACCUAUUAUUUGGCAUAUUAAAAUUAAUGAAGCUUAAUGGCUUUCUGAUAGUUGUAUUUUUUUGGUAAAAACAAAAUGAAGUUGGAGUUCCCUUGUAGCACGUUGAGUUAAGGAUCCGGCAUUGUCGAUGCUGCAACUCAGGUUGCCACUGUGCCUUGGGUGGUUAGGUCCCUGGCCCAGGAACUUCUGCAUUCCUGGGAGGUCAGGGAGGGGGGCCCCAAGAUUGCAACAGGCUCAGCAGCUGGCUGGAUGCUGACUUCAUUGUAAUUGCAGUUUCCCUUUCCAGGAAUAAAACAGCUAAUGUUUCUUUGCCAGUCCAGACACAUAGCCUCUCCUUAAGUUCCUCUUCAUUAAUUAACAUGAAGACAACAAACGUGGUGACUAAAGUUGGAGUCAAAGGCUUUUAAAGGACUGAUUUCAAGCCACCCGGUGACUGAACACGAACUUGGGAAAUUGCCAUCCCACGACCCUGGCAUCUCUGGUCUAACAAGGGAAUCAGGACAGAGCCACCACCACUCAGCCCGGUUUCACACACGCCCAACGAUGACUUCGGUCCCAGGCUAACCAGCAAGGCCAUGGGCGCUGAGAGAGCCUGCCAGAGCCAGCCAUGCACCUGGCACCUCCUCGCCCUGGUCCCCGUCUUCCUCAGCCUGGCGGCCUCCCUGGACUGGCAGGCCGCCCACAGCCAUGACCCCUUCGAGAAAUGCAUGCAUGAUCCUGACUACGAGCAGCUGCUCCGAGUCGUGACCUUGGGCCUCAAUCGGACCUCAAAGCCCCAGAGGGUGAUUGUGGUUGGUGCGGGUGUAGCUGGACUGGUGGCCGCCAAGGUGCUCAGCGAUGCCGGACACAAGGUCACCGUCCUGGAGGCAGCCAACAGGAUUGGGGGCCGCAUCUUCACCUACCGGGACCGGAGAACAGGCUGGAUUGGGGAGCUGGGAGCCAUGCGCAUGCCCAGCUCGCACAGGAUCCUCCACCAGCUCUGCAAGAGCCUGGGCCUCAACCUGACCAAAUUCACCCAGUACGACGAGAACACGUGGACCGAGGUGAACGAGGUGAAGCUGCGGAACUACGUGGUGGAGAAGAUGCCCGAGAAGCUGGGCUACAAGCUGCAGCCCACGGAGAAGGGCCGCUCGCCCGAAGAAAUCUUCCAGAUGGCUCUCAACAGGGCCCUUGAAGAUCUCAAGACACUGGGCUGCAGAAAGGCAAUGAAGAAGUUUGACAGGCACACGCUCCUGGAGUAUCUCCUCAGCGAGGGGAACCUGAGCCAGCCAGCCGUGCGGCUCCUGGGAGAUGUAAUGUCCAAGGACGGCCUCUUCUACCUCAGCUUCGCCGAGGCCCUGCGGGCCCACAGCUGCCUCAACGACAAGCUCCGGUACAGCCGCAUCGUGGGCGGCUGGGACCUGCUGCCGCGCGCGCUGCUGAGCUCGCUGUCGGGGCCUGUGCUGUUGCGCGCGCCUGUCGUGGCGAUUAAGCAGGGGACGCGCGAGGUGAGCGUGCACAUUGAGUCCUGGAGCCGGGUCCGGACCCUGAAGGCCCUGACGGCCGACGCGGUGCUGCUGACGGUGAGCGGGCCGGCGCUGCAGCGCAUAACCUUCACGCCGCCGCUGACGCGCAGGCGGCAGGAGGCGGUGCGCGCGCUGCACUACCUGCCGGCCACCAAGGUGUUCCUGAGUUUCCGCCGGCCCUUCUGGCAAGACGAGCACAUCGAGGGCGGCCACUCCAACACCGACCGCCCGUCGCGCGCCAUGUUUUACCCGCCGCCCGGCGAGGGCGCGCUGCUGCUGGCCUCGUACACGUGGUCCGACGAGGCGGCCACGUUCGCCGGCCUGAGUACCCGGGACGCGCUGCGCCUGGCGCUCAACGACGUGGCGGCGCUUCACGGGCCCAUCGUGUACCGGCUCUGGGACGGCAGCGGCGUCAUCAAGCGCUGGGGGGAGGACCCGCACAGCCAGGGCGGCUUCGUGCUGCAGCCGCCCACGCUCUGGCAAAAGGACGAGGACGACGAGCGGGAGCACGACUGGGCCGUCCCCUACGGCCGCAUCUACUUCGCCGGCGAGCACACGGCCUUCCCGCACGGCUGGGUGGAGACGGCCGUCAAGUCGGCUCUGCGUGCCGCCGUGGGCAUCAACCGUCGGAGCAGCCCGCCGACCAGCAGCUCGGUCAACCCCAGGACCGACAGCCGGGUGGGGCACGUGCACUUGGCGCCGAGCCACCAGUCGUGCAACCUCGGAAGCGGGCGGGGCAGCCACUUUCCAGACUUACUCGCUGUAACCCUUCGGCGCACCAGCCCAAAGAGAACCCGGUAUUAAAGUACUUUUGGAAACA